AUGUUACAAACUGUAAACAUAGAUCUAAUUGGAGUUAUAGCUGUAGUAGAUGAUAAAAUACAUGAACUAAAAAAUGCCAGAAGUGAUGAAAACUUUUUAAAAUUACAAGAAAAAGUUGAUCGGUUUAAAAUGUGUACAUCUGUGGAUAACGAAGAUUUUAAACCAUUACCAUUAAAUCGUUUAAAGAGAGUUCCGAAAAAGCCUGCCGAAGAAACCCAAGAUGAAGUCAUCACUGAUCCACUUCAAAGUUUUAAAAUUCAAACUUUUUUUGUUGCAUAUGAUACUGCAAUUAUACAGAUUAAAGAAAGGUUCAGUGAAAUCGCCAAGGGUAUUUACAAAGAUUUGUCUUUAUUUUCUCGGAGACGUUUAGAAGAAAUUUCAAAAAAUAAUGAUCUAUUACCUAAAGAUGCAUUUGAUGUGUUUUCUGAUGUUUACAGUAAAUUUAUACUGAAAGAUGAUUUAAAAAGGGAAUAUUUGCAGUUUUCUAAAAGUUAUUUUAAUUUUGAACAAGUGAAAUUAUUGCCCUUGCAAUUACAUAACUCUGAAAUAGAAAUUGAUGAUGACCUCAGUGGUUCAUUGACUGAUGAAGCAUCAGAAUCAGAUAUAGAAGAUAGUUUUGACAACAAUCACAAUAGGCAAGUCAAAGAAGUACCAAAACUUCAUAAAAAUGGAUGCAGUUUGUCAAUUAUUUUAAAGGUUUUGCUAAUCAGUGGCCUAUCAUCUACAUUCAAAAUGCUUACUACUGCCUUAAAAAUUGCUGUUACUCUCCCAGUGGCCAGUACUACUCCAGAGAGAACAUUCUCAAAGUUAAGUAUUGUGAAAAACAAAUUACGCAGCACUAUGGCAGAAGGAAGACUUGAGAGCUUAAUGAUACUUUCGUGUGAAUCAGAUAUCAAAAUUGAAACUGAUCAAAUAAUCAACGAUUUUGCUAGAAAAAGUGUAUUGUUAGAAAAAACAUUAUUGUAUUAA